AUGACCCAGAUGCCUCCCACGAAUGUGGUCACUACGAGUUCAAGACCAGUUGGCUUCCUCUCCGGGAUCCGCGUUGGCCCCACCAAGCCCACCCUGCCCAACACGUUCACGGCUCGUGUGGAAUGCAAUCUGUUGGACCUGAACCGCUCCACUGACGUUAUCGAGUAUUACGACUUCCCUCACAACCGAGGCGCCAUCUACCAGACGGAGAAGGGAAUGACUGGGCAAAUCGUGUACAACUAUGAUACAAACGAGCUCUUCAUUGUGGACCGCACUGCUACGAAGUCAUGCGUUGUAGACGAACUCACAGAAGACAACAAUGACUUCCUGUUCGGAUAUAAACAGGUAAACCAAAGCACCCGGAUAUUCUCCCCGUCGGCGGCGCUUAGGUUUGGCGGGAAGAUAGUGGAGAAAUACCUGGGCAAGUCACUAGUCCGCGGGAUCGUGGUGGAGGGAUGGCAGUCAUGCUCAUACUGGCCGGAUAUGGACGCCACCAGCAAGGUCACCUGGUACUUCUCCGACGCUUCUGAAUGGACAGAAGCUAUCGGAGGAGAUCGACUUCCGGUUCGCUGUGAGAUUGUCGGGAAAUCUUACAACAGUGAUGGCGGAAGCAAGAGCUACCACCAUAUUUAUGAAUUCACGCACUUCCGGCCGUACAUUGAUGCCAAUCCGGACCACGUCUUCGAGGCUCCAAAAGGCAUGUACUGCGAAAACCGAAAGAGCUUGAAAGCUCUUCCCAUAUCACCGCAGUACUUCCAUUUUGAGGCGGAAAUCGUCGUGCCGCAGACGAAAAUAGUCUCAUACAUUGCUGAGUGGUAUGACUACACAUCAAGGCUGGUACGGUACGACUACUCACCGUUUCCAUCAGACUCUAAAGGGGUGGGACUAGGCCGGAUUACAGAAAUACACGACUUUAACACAGGUGUGAAGUACGUAACCAACACGGCAUUCGGAAAUUGCACAGUUGGAGUUAUAGACCCAAAUGGAUUUGAUACGGUUGAAGUGAAUCCACACACAGUCCGUCUGCGGAACCCUAAUCAGUUCUUUGACUUGGACGGAACCUUCCAGUAUGAGGGUGUGCACCGCACCUCGCGUGUGGACUGCGACGGGUGGGUGAGUAAGAAGAAGAGCUUCCCUCCUGUCAUGAACGAGACUGUGACGGAAUGGCUCUUGACAACCGGUGACUGGAUGGUGGGAGCAGGUAACGAUUACCAGAAAGGAGUCCCAAAAAAGCUGAAGAUUUCUUCUACUGAUGGAAGCGGGCUUCAGUACGUGUACAACAUUUUCAACUAUCGCCAUUCCGAGCCAGCUGUAUGGGAUUACAACAUCAGGGAUUGCUUUAGGGAUGCUCAAACCAGGCACUUGCAGUUCCUGUUAGAUGCUAGUUACCGUACAGUGUUGAUGAAGGUGUACCGUCAAAAAUUUGAAUACGCAUUAUACCAAGCUAUACGCAUUCAGGCGGUGAUAUCACCUGUUCGCGUCACUGAUCUACAGGUUGACUAUAAUGAGCAAGGUAUAGAAGUGACCUUUACUCUUCUCGACGUUGCUCCAAUUACGGGUGACGUUCAGCAAGGUUCCAUGGAAACGCCGCUAGAUGUCGCUGCAGAGAACCUGUUCAGUCAGAUCAGAUCGGGUCAGUUUGUCGUGACAGUGCCUCAUAAACCCAACGACCUGAAACUUAAGGCCAAGCCAGAUUCUGGUAAAACUUUGAAAGUUCGUGAGUGGCUUAACAACCCUAUUCCUCGCCGAGCAAAGGGUUACAGACCAGGUGACAUGGCUGCCGUUGCCUUGGUGAUGCUAAUAGUGGGGGCCGUGAUUGGCUGCGGCAUCGUCAUCAUGAUUUACAGAAAGAAUGGCGGCUCUUUCUUUCCGAAACCUUACCAGGCAGAAAAAUUUGACCUUCCGCCUCAGGACCCUAAAUAAAAAUAUUUACUGUCAGGACAUUUGAACGUUUCAAGAACACCGCAAUACCCAGAAUAAUUAAAUGCGCGAAUGCUACUUAUUAUCUUUUUCAUUUAAUUUCCGACCCUGUUGAAUGCUGAUACCUGUUGACAUUUUUCUACAUAGCCACAUAUAUUGGGUGGACAUAAAAAAAUGGGCCGUAUUUUGACACUCAGUAUCUCCGAAACACUCUUACGUCAGCUUCUAAAAAUUUACACACUCAAAAACCAUUAUGUCCUAGGUAUACAGACCAAAUUUCAAUUUCGAUCUUUAAGAUUUCUGUUCAUGGGACCGAAAUCAAAAUAGAGUCAAAAACGCAUGUUCCGGACAUUUCGAAGUGAUGUUCUACCUUACUUUACUUGAAAGGGUGUUUAAUUGGUCCUCCAUCUUCUCGGUAGACGGCGCGCAAACAUUUCUUCCAUAAACUGAUUAAUUCCCUAAUCUCCUUAAGAGUAAUUUUUCCCAGCAGUCCUUGAUGCGUGCUUUUAUUUCAUCCACAGUGAAUUUUUCCGUGCGACCCUCAUGACACCUGAGAGGUGAUGCAAUGUGGGUCAUCGGAACGUGCGUUUUUGAGGCUAU